CGUGACACAUGUGACAGAACGUGACCGUGACGACUUCCUGAAACUGCUGCGAGAGUGACCUUGACCUUUGACAGUCAUCAUCGCGACCCAAUGGCAGCAAUAUACUCAGUCUAUACCUCUCCCACCCAUCCACCUAUACCUGAUCAUCUCCCUACCCUCAUUGUUACUCCCCAUGGCCAGCCUUCCAAUAUCUUGUACUCUUAUCUGCACACAAACUUUAAUUCCGAGAAUUAUCUCUUAACGCCGUCGCCACAAGGUGAUCUUUGCGUUGCUAAGCUGUUCCCUCCUCGUCCCAAAGACGUCGGGAAGGCAUCAGCAUCAGAUCCCGGUCAUUCGUCGUCAGGCUCGCGUGUUGUACGCUGUGAAGCCUCUCGCAACCUUAAAUGGUCAAUUGCCAAUACCGGUGUCAUCUCUCCCAUAUACAAGCUAUCACUGCCUUCCCCGGAUUCGGCAGAUCUACCAUUAUUCCAGAUCUCAAAGCCAAACCCUAAUGCGGCAUUCUGGAGCAUGUUCUACUUUGCUUAUGCUGGUCAUAAUAUACCCCCCAAGCGUAUUGAGUUUGGAAAGAUACAGAAGAACCCUCCCGGGCCUAAUGGUGGUGGAACAAGGAUCAGUAUCACUGGCAAGACUGCGGAAGAAAAGGCUGUCUGGCAGACUUUGGGCGAAGGGAAUGAGGAUUGCGUUGAGUGGGUCGUUCUUUGUGCCGCUCUCAAUCUGCUCGACGACGAAAUUGUCAAGGCAGCGGAGAAGAACCCCACUAAACAACCUCCAAUAACAAACGGAGGCCGACCUUCCCCUGUAUCUCUUCGUGAUCCUGGACCUACCACAAACCCACCACCGCGACCACAGGCAAAUAUGCCUCCUCCUCAGCAACAGCCGCGCCCUACCCCUCAACACGCCAAUACUUUACCCCCUCGCGUGAAUCCAGGGCCUGGGUUCCAAGGUCAGCCAAUGCCUCAGCGCGGAUUUCCUCCAGGCCAAGGACCUCCUGGACCAGGAUAUGGAGCUCCGCCUCCCCAAGGUUAUGCUGGCCCUGGCCCACAUGCCCGACCUCCUCCGUCUCAGAUGCGUCCUGGCAUGGCACCGGGUCCUGGUCAUAUGCCAGGGCCGCAUGCCCGUCCACCUCAACAGAUGAUGCCUGGACCUAUGCAGCAACAGCAGCAGCAGAUGCCUCCUCAUCUUCAUGGACAAGCCCCUCAACAAGUACGGAGAUUUUAGUGCUAGUGAUUCUGGCUAUUUUUCCUUCUUGCACCGCUUGUGGAUACAGAUACCCUUAUCUAUCGCUUCUUACUGGGUUUAUGAAGUACUAUUAUUGU